CAGCCAUCGGCUGCCUCUUCUAAGGAUGAGCCAGCUUCACCCCUGGGUAACAUGCCACCCUUCCCAUGUGGUCAGUGUCAGAGGAGUCCUCACUGGUGCCUUCUUCAUCCUGGGAUGCUGGGGGCUCUCCGAUUUCCAGCAGAGUUUUCUUCAGGCUCUGGAACCCAAGGAGGUAUCAUCUCAUCUUGGCCCUGAUGCUGCUGUGCCCAUAGGUCACUCUUCCUCUCACCUCAAGAGACUGAGAUGGGGAAGGGCUGUGGAGGACAUUCUGCACCUGGAGCUGCUGGUGGCUGCGGGCCCCGAUGUCUAUCAGGCUCAUCAGGAAGACACAGAGCGCUACGUGCUGACCAACCUCAAUAUCGGGUCAGAACUGCUGAGGGACCCAUCCCUGGGGGCUCAGUUCAGAGUGCACCUGGUGAAGUUGAUCAUUCUCACCGAGCCCAAGGGUGCUCCAGAUAUCACAGCCAACAUCACCUCGUCUCUGAUAAGUGUCUGUGAAUGGAGCCAGGCAAUCAACCCCGCCGACGACAGGGAUCCUGGGCAUGCUGACCUAAUCCUCUAUAUAACCAGGUUUGACCUGGAGUUGCCUGAUGGUAACCGGCAGGUUCGGGGGGUCACCCAGCUUGGGGGUGCCUGCUCCCCUUCCUGGAGCUGUCUCAUCACCGAGGACACUGGCUUUGAUCUGGGGGUCACCAUUGCCCAUGAGAUUGGGCACAGCUUUGGCCUGGAUCAUGAUGGAGCUCCAGGCAGUGGCCACGCCUGUGAGACCAGUGGCCAUGUGAUGGCAUCUGAUGGUGCAGCACCUGCUAGAUGGGCCCUGGGGUGGUCCAUCUGUAGCCAGAGGCGGCUGCAGCACCUACUCAGCACAGGGCGAAUGCACUGCAUGUGGGACCCACCGGGGCUGCAGUCUGGACCCAUGCAGCACCAGCUGCUUGCAAAGCCCGGCCUUUACUACAGUGCGGAUGAUCAAUGUCGCAUCGCUUUUGGCUCCGGGGUUGCUGCUUGCACCUUCUCCAGGGAGGGUCUGGAUGUGUGCCAGGCCCUCUCCUGUCACACAGAUCCCCUGGACCAAAGCAGCUGUAGCCGCCUCCUCGUUCCUCUUCUGGAGGGAACAGAAUGUGGUGUGGAGAAGUGGUGUUCCAAGGGUCGCUGCCGCUCCCUGGCAGAGUUGACCCCCGUGGCAGCAGUACAUGGACACUGGUCUAGCUGGGGCCCCCAGAGUCCUUGCUCCCGCUCCUGUGGAGGAGGUGUGGUUACCAGGAGGCGGUGGUGCAAUAACCCCAGACCUGCCUUUGGGGGGCGUGCGUGUGUGGGUGCUGACCUCCAGGCAGAGAUGUGCAACACUCAGGCUUGUGAGAAGACUCAGCUGGAGUUCAUGUCGGAGCAGUGUGCCCAGACCGACAGCCAGCCACUGCACCUCUCCCAGGGCAGCUCCUUCUACCGCUGGAGUGCCGCUGUGCAGUAUAGUCAAGGGGACACUCUGUGCAGACACAUGUGCUGGGCUGUUGGAGAAAGCUUCAUCGUGAGACGUGCAGACAGUUUCCUGGAUGGGACCCGGUGUGUGCCGAAUGGCCCUCGGGAGGAUGGUACCCUGAGUUUGUGUGUGUCCGGCAACUGCAGGACGUUUGGCUGUGAUGGCAGGAUGGAUUCCCAGCAGGUUUGGGAUGCGUGCCAGGUGUGCGGAGGAGACAACAGCACUUGCAGUUCACAGAAUGACUCUUUCAAGGCUGGAAGAGCCAGAGAGUAUGUCACGUUCCUGACAGUUACUCCCAACAUGACCAAUGUGCACGUCGUCAACCGAAGGCCUCUUUUCACACACUUGGCGGUGAGGCUCCAGGGCCGCUAUGUUGUGGCAGGGAAGACCAGCAUCUCCCCCAGCACUACCUACCCAUCCGUCCUGGAGGACCACCGAGUGGAAUACAGAGUGACUCUCACUGGGGACCGGCUGCCCCACCUAGAGGAGGUCCACAUCCGGGGACCCAUCCAGGAAGACAUGGAGAUCCAGGUGUACAGGAGAUAUGGAGAGGAGUAUGGGGACCUCACGCGCCCAGACAUCAUCUUCACCUACUUCCAGCUGAAGCAACAGGCAGCCUGGGUGUGGGCCGCCAUGCGCGGGCCCUGCUCGGUGAGCUGUGGGGCAGGGCUGCGCUGGGUGACCUACAGCUGCCUGGAUCAAGCCCAGAACAAGUUCAUGGAGACUGCUCAGUGCCAAGGGAGCCCGCAGCCACCUGCAUGGCCAGAGCCCUGUGUCCUUGCACCCUGUCCCCCAUACUGGACAGCUGGAGACUUCGGCCCUUGCAGCCUGUCCUGUGGGGGAGGGCUUCGGGAGCGGCUGGUGCACUGCAUGGAGGCCCAGGACGGCUCCUUAAGGAUGCUACCACCAGCCAGGUGCAGUGCAGUAGCCCAGCAGCCAGAGGCAGAGGUGGAAGUUUGCAACCCCCAGCCCUGUCCUGACAGAUGGGAGGUGUCAGACCCCAGCCUUUGCUUGUCGGCCUGUGGAACAGAUCUGGCCUUGAGGAAUGUGACAUGUGUGUCUGGGGCUGGUGGCCUUGAGAUGUCAGCGACUUCAGGGCCCUGCCCCACAAAUGAGACAACAGCUGCCCUGAAGCCCUGUUUCAGGAAAGUGUGCCCUCCAGGCUGGGGUCAGGUAGACAGCACAUCUCCCGAAGAGGAAGUUCUGUCGUCCCCAGUCGGCAGUCCCAAGUCAGAGGCUCAGGCUCAACAUAUGUGGGUUCCUUUGGUGGGGCUAUGCUCCGUAUCCUGUGGGCAAGGCCGGAUGGAGAUGAACUUCCUGUGCGUGGAUUCUGUCCUCAGGACGCCGGUCCAGGAAGAGCUGUGUGCUUCCAGGAAGCCGUUGCGCCGGUGGGAGGUCUGCAGGGCAGGCCCAUGCCCUGCUCGGUGGCGGUACAAACUGGCGGCCUGCAGUGUGAGCUGUGGGGGAGGGCUCGCCCGGAGAAUCCUGUACUGCACUCGGGCUCUUGGAGAGGGUAACGAUGAGGAGUUUCUGCCCAACAGCCAGUGCCAGGAGCUGCCUCGCCCAGAGCCCCAGGAGGCCUGCAGCCCAGAGCCAUGCCCUCCCAGGUGGAAAGUCCUGUCUCUUGGUCCAUGCUCGGCCAGCUGUGGCCUUGGCACUGCCACACGCACAGUGGCCUGUAUGCAGCUUGAUGGAGGCCAGGACUGGGAGGUGGAGGAGGCCUUGUGUGCAGCUCUGGUGAGGCCUCAGGCCAGCGUCCCCUGCCUCAUCGCUGACUGUGCCUACCGGUGGCAUGUCAGCACCUGGACAGAAUGCUCUGUCUCCUGCGGGGAUGGCAUUCAGCGCCGACAUGACACCUGCCUUGGACCCCAGGCCCAUGUGCCCAUGCCAGACAACUUCUGUCGGCACCUGCCCAAGCCAGUGACAGUGCGGGGCUGCUGGGCCGGACCCUGUGCAGGGCCGAGGACCUCCAGCCUGGCACGCCACAACGAAGCCAUGCCUGCAGGCCAGACCCUGGCUGCUCUGGCUGCAGCUUCUCAGGAACGGCCCCAGCCCAGAGGCCGGGCCCAACCUCUCUUCCCAUCCUUCCAGCCUUUGGGGCCCCAGGAAAACCUGUCGGAGUCUGGUGCCUGUGGCAGGCAGUACCUGGAGCCCACAGGAACCAUUGUCAUGCGAAGUCAGGAGAAGGCAGACUGUGUGGUGGCCAUCAGGCGGCCCCUGGGUGAGGUGGUGACCCUCCAGAUCCUUGAGAGCUCCCUCAAGUGCAACGCAGAUCCGGGAUAUCCACAGCCUGAGGACCACAGCAUUUCGAGGGCAGCGGCACUCUACUGGGAGUCGGAUGGCAGCGAGGCUGAGGUGGAGUUUAGUCCCGGCUUCCUGGAGGCACCGGCGAACCUACAGGGCCAGUCCUGGACCCUUCCACCGAAGACACUGGAAGAGGACGCCGGCCUGGUCCUGCCCUAGCUUUCUGGACAGGAAAGGAAGGGACUUCACUCGCAGAGGGUCCAACGCUGCCCAUUUUAGGGUCUCUUCCCAUGUCAGGAGCUCUGGGGGACAGUGAAGAAGCAAUCCCAGCCCCUCCAUUACUUAAUAAAGGACACAGGAAACCGGACUGGUAUUUUCCUUCCAAUACCAACCCAGCCUAGCUGGAAAGCCCAUCCUACGGC